AUGGUUACCAGUGUGCAAGAGCAGCUGUGCACGGCCUUGAACAUGUCGGCUGACCACUUCGGUCACAUUCAGUUGCCUCAGAACCAGGCACAAACCCAACAGAGCGUGGCAAUCAAGCACCGCCGCAGCCUGGAGGAUGGACUGCUUUCGCGGUCCAUGGAUCUGAGCAGGCAUGUCACCAUGUUGUUCAAGAAGGAAAAUGUUCGUGCAUCAGACAAGCGGCCCGGCACCCAAGCCUGCUAUGCUGUCUUCUCGGCCCACAAGAAGGUUGCACAAAGUGCUUGGAGCACUUCCGAGCCUCUGCAAACCAGCUUCAUCCCGGACCUCCCGCUCAUCAGUGUGGCAAACAUGCGAGGGUACGACCAGGACAAUCGGAAAGGAACCGAAUGCCACCAAGCCAUUGUGGAGGCCUAUCUUGACGGCCUGAACCUUGCCGAGAACGAUAAAGUCGUGAUCUUCGACCUGCUCCCCAACCGGUAUGCAGAAUUCGGCUUGGCUUUGUGCCAGAGGGCUUUGGAGGGAAAGACACCGACAGCACUCUACUUUGGUGUGCUGCGGGCAGAUCAGAAGGAUGUGCAGUCGGAGAUGUUUUCCAUGGCUUACAGCCACUGGGAUGGAAGCUCCUUGUCCCCUCCAAUGUCCCGGCCUGGAUGGCCCACCGAUGUGCUGAGCAAGUUUUUGCCUGGAAGCAAGGAGCAUGAGCACAUCUCGAAGAUCAAGCACGACUUUGAAGUGCUGUGCCCGGCUGCUGACGUCGCCCCGCCUGCUGCGUCCUCGGCAAACCCGGCUCGUGCGCAGGGCUCCCCUGACUUCAGCGUCGAUGGUGGCAAGCAGCCCUUGGAUGUGACACGUUUGCUCGACCUGCAAAUGAUCGCCAACGAUGACUUCAAUGAGCC